CGACUCAACACAGCGACAAACACUGCGAACAGUGACUACAGCUGGACGUCUGAUGGACCUUUCAGAGGACAGCACUGUUGUUUUUAACGAUUAAAGACUGGAUAUACAUCAGCAUCAGCAGCAGAGGAGGACUCAUGCGCCAGGGCCAGACCAGCACUCUCUCUUAGGAAAGGUGCAGCUCUGACUGAGAUGGCCAUGUCUCUGCACUGCCACAGGAUGGUCAUAUUGGCUGUGGCCUUCUGUUUCCUGCCUUGCAUCACUUCCUCCCUCAACCUGGAGGAUCCCAACGUCUGCAGCCACUGGGAGAGUUACUCUGUGACAGUACAGGAGUCAUACGCCCAUCCCUUUGAUCAGAUUUAUUACACCAGCUGCACUGACAUCCUCAACUGGUUUAAAUGCACCAGACACAGGGUGAGUUACCGUACAGCAUAUCGAAGAGGUGCCAAGACCAUGUACCGAAGGAAGUCACAGUGCUGCCCAGGUUUCUAUGAGAAUGGAGAGAUCUGUGCUCCUCAUUGUGCAGAGAGCUGUGUUCACGGACGUUGUAUGGCCCCCAACACCUGCCAGUGUGAGCCGGGCUGGGGGGGCUCCAACUGUUCCAGUGCUUGUGACAGUAACCACUGGGGUCCCCACUGCAGUAACAGAUGUCAGUGCCAGAACGGAGCCCUGUGUAACCCCAUCACUGGAGCCUGUAUCUGCACUCCCGGGUACAGAGGCUGGCGCUGCGAGGCCCAGUGUGAGCUGGGCACCUAUGGAAACGGCUGCCAGCAGAAAUGCCAGUGCCAGAACGGAGCCGCCUGUGACCAUGUUACUGGAGAAUGCAAGUGUUCACCAGGAUACACUGGAGCUUUCUGUGAAGACCUGUGUCCUCCAGGGAAACACGGGCAGCAGUGUGAGGAGAGAUGUCCCUGUCAGAACGGAGGAGUGUGUCACCAUGUGACCGGAGAGUGCUCCUGCCCCGCAGGAUGGAUGGGUACAGUGUGCGGCCAGCCAUGUCCAGAGGGGAGAUUUGGACAAAACUGUUCGCAGGAAUGUCAGUGUCACAACAACGGCUUCUGUGUGUUGUCCACUGGACAGUGUCUCUGCAGCGCUGGAUACACAGGAGAACGGUGUCAGGAUGAGUGUCCAGUUGGAACUUAUGGUGCUGGCUGUGCAAAGACGUGUCGCUGUAAGAACAACAGCAAGUGCUACCACACCAACGGGAUGUGUCUGUGUGAGCCAGGAUACACAGGGGAGACAUGUGACGUCAGACUGUGUCCUGAAGGACACUAUGGCCUCCACUGUGACAGGAAGUGUCCAUGCUAUGCCCAGAACACACGCAGCUGUCACCCAAUGUCAGGAGAGUGUACGUGUCAGCCUGGCUGGUCAGGCCUGUACUGCAACGAGACAUGCACCCCAGGGUUUUAUGGCGAGUUCUGCCAGCAGGUGUGCCAGUGCCAGAACGGUGCCGACUGCCACAGUGUGAGCGGAGAGUGUAUCUGUGCUCCAGGCUUCACGGGGCCCAACUGUUCAGUCCCCUGUCCAGCAGGGACACACGGAGUGGACUGCUCCUCCACCUGCAACUGUAAGAACAAAGCUCAGUGUUCACCUGUGGACGGAUCCUGCUCCUGCAAACCAGGCUGGCACGGGGUGGACUGCUCCAUUAACUGUCCCAGUGGGACGUGGGGUCUGGGCUGUAACCUCACCUGUAUGUGUGGGAACGGAGGAGCGUGUAACGCCCUGGAUGGCCGCUGUACCUGCGCUCCGGGCUGGAGAGGAGACAGGUGUGAACUCCCCUGCCAGGAUGGCACCUACGGUCUGGACUGUAAAGAGCGCUGUGACUGCAGUCAUGCUGAUGGAUGUCACCACUCUACAGGACACUGCCGCUGCCUGGCUGGAUGGACCGGUAUCCACUGUGACAGUGUGUGUGCAGAGGGCCGCUGGGGCCCAAACUGCUCCCUUCCCUGUAACUGUAAGAACGGAGCAUCAUGUUCUCCAGAUGAAGGAACGUGUGAGUGUGCUCCAGGUUACAGAGGAACCACCUGUCAGAGGAUCUGCUCUCCAGGUUAUUUUGGUCACCGCUGCAGUCAGACGUGUCCACAGUGUGUCCACAGUAACGGACCGUGUCACCACGUCACAGGACAGUGUGACUGUCUGCCCGGCUUCAAGGGGGCACUGUGCAAUGAGGUGUGUCCCAGCAGUCACUUUGGGAAGAACUGUGCCUGGAGCUGCAGCUGCACCAACAACGGCACCUGUAACCCCAUCGACGGCUCCUGUCAGUGUUACCCAGGAUGGAUCGGCAGCGACUGCUCUCAGCCGUGUCCUCCCGGUCAGUGGGGGCCAAACUGCAUCCACACAUGUAACUGUCACAACGGAGCCUACUGCAGCGCGUACGAUGGAGAAUGCAAGUGCACUCGAGGAUGGACUGGCCUCUACUGCACACAGCGCUGUCCGCUGGGUUUCUAUGGGAAGGACUGUCUGCAGACGUGUCAGUGCAGGAACGGAGCCGACUGUGAUCACAUCUCUGGACAGUGCACCUGCCGCACCGGCUUCAUGGGACGCCACUGUGAACAAAAGUGCCCUCCUGGUUCCUAUGGUUAUGGCUGCCGUCAGGUCUGUGACUGUCUCAAUAACUCCACAUGCGAUCACAUGACUGGAACAUGUUACUGCAACCCAGGCUGGAAGGGAGCUCGCUGUGACCAAGCUGGUGUGGUGGUGGGCAGCCUCAACAGUCUGACCAGUGCAGCCAUGCAUGUAGACACCUACCAGAUCGGAGCCAUUGCAGGAAUCAUCGUCCUGGUGCUGCUGGUACUCUUCCUCCUCCUCCUCUUCAUCAUCUACAGGAAGAAGCAGAAGGGCAAAGAGCCCACCAUGCCGGCUGUGACCUACACUCCUGCCAUGAGGGUCACUGCCGAUUACACCAUCGCAGAUGCUCAUCCUCCAGCAUGUGAGAACCUCCCCAGCAACUACUUCUCCAACCCCAGCUACCAUACUCUGACCCAGUGCAUCAGCCCGCCACAUGUUAGCGCUCCAUAUGGAAAGGCGAAGAGCAGCCAGCUGUUUGUGAACUUGAAGAAUGUGGAUCAGAGAAAAAGGCCUCGAGCUGAACACACCGGCACUCUGCCUGCAGACUGGAAACAAGACGACUGCUUCAAUGAACUGGGAGCUUAUGGAGUGGACAGGAGAUACAUGGGGAAAUCUCUACGAGAUCUGAAGGGUAUACCCUACCAUGGCAGCUCCUGCUCCCUCAACAGCUCGGAAAACCCAUAUGCCACAAUAAAGGACCCUCCCCUGCUGACGGCCAAAAACAUCGAGUGCGGCUAUGUGGAGAUGAAGUCACCAGCCAGACGGGACUCACCGUACGCCGAGAUCAGCAACAGCAGCCCAGCAGAUAACCGCAAUGUCUAUGAAGUUGAGCCGACUGUGAGCACCAUCCAGCUGACCGCAGACAGCGACGGCCAUGUACAGUUUGGUCAAGAUCCGUACGAUCUACCGAAAAACAGCCACAUUCCCUGUCACUACGACCUCCUGCCAACCAGAGAGAGUCCGUCCCCGGAGCACAAGGAACUGGACAGUGAAUGAUGGCCCAGAGACUCAGUACAGAGACUAGGUCUCAUCUCCAGUCUGCAGCUCCGGCACUGGCUGUUCCAUGAGAAGGCACACUUUAUACCCACUGCAUACUGUCACUUCUUUUCAUGCUGUUCUACUUUGACACUGUCAUUGUUAUUAUGUAUCAUGACUUCUUUCUGAACAAAGUGGGUAUAAGAGAGUUUGGAGGUUAGUUUCGAGGUAUAGCUGUUAUUAUUAACAGCAUUUUCUUAACUGCGACAAAGUCUUCGUAGGUCAUUCCACAUGUCUGGGAGGUAAGGUCUGAGUAUGUUUUGAACAAAGCAGUUUGUAUAAUGUGUUGUCCAGUCACUGCUAACAGCAAAAAAGUACCUGUCCCAAAUGGCCUCACUCAAAGGAGGCCUGAAAACCAGCUGUCAUAGCCCCCUCUGACUGCCUGCCUCAUAGUUCUCUAAGAACUCUGUCUUUUGUGUGUCUUGUUGUCUGCAGACGACAAAUUGAACAAAUGUUAAUAACACACAUAUUCAGAUUUGCACGCCUGGCCACACCCCGCUGGGUAAGAGUGAUUUCUGGAUUGUUUGGAAAUUUCCAAAAACUGUCAAACUCAAAGGUGGUUUCAGAUGCUGUUUGUUUUAGAUAUGCUGGAGCCCCCCUGAUGUUUGCAUUUAACAUUCAUCCCUGAUCAAAUCUCUAUUUUUGUAACAAUCCUAUCAAAAAAAGGACUAAUUUGAUUGAAUUGUAGCAAUCAUAUCAAAGAUAAGUUGUUUGUAAAAGUUUUGUCUCGUGAGGAAGAGUCGAGCUGCUCACCGGGUUUCUGAUGCUGUCAGUGUUGGAUUAGUGUAUAAGUUAACCAAAGUUCCAUUUAAAGACUGUUUAUAAAUGUAGGUCAAAGCUAUGCAAGGUGUCUAAUCCAAGAGGUUCCUAACUGAGCCUCUUCUCACUGGACCAGUAUUCAGUUUUAGGUCAUUUCUUACUAAUUUCACAUCAUUUCCUCUUCAGUUCAUUAAUGCACCAUA